AUGGAGCCGAACUCCACUUUCGGUAAGAUUCUUGAGCACUGUUUGAAAGACAUUGUCUUGACAUCUGGCCCACCCAUCGAUCUGGCUCAAGGUGGUUUCCACCGUGAAUCACCUACCUCCAUUAAAACUCACGAGCCGCCUGAAUUGCUUACUUAUGCCGAUGAUGUGGUACUGAUAGCAGACCGCCGUCACCUUCCACUCCUCUUACACCAAUGUGAACAACACAGCUACACUCUCGGUUAUUCGUGGAACCCUGACAAAUGUUUCAUUCUGGAUCCCCAUAAUGGCCCUCUAACCUAUCGACUCUAUGGAACUCCCUUGACACCAAUCAUCUAA